ACUUCAAUUGCAAAGAAGCAAAUAUAAAUUUGGUCCAAAUUUUGCAAAUACAAGUGAGCUUUAUUGACAUAAUACAUUUAAAGGUACUUUUGUGUGGGUAGUGAAUUUUAAAGGAAACGUUAAGACCUUGAAAGACAAUUCAUUGUGUGCGUACUUCUCAAAUUUUUAAUUUUUUAUCUGUUGGAAUAAAGAAAUUGAAAAUGGCUGCCACUCAAUUCGGCUCAAUUAUUCAUGAGAUUCUAAACAUGCUUUCCAGUUACACAUCAAUGAUCAAUUCAGAUAUUGGUAAAUGUUGUCAUUGCAUGAAUGACAUCAAUGAAAGUGACACUUAUGUAACAUGUGAAUAUUGCAACAACCAUUUUCAUGUGACUUGCGAGGGAUACUUGAACAAUGACAAACUUGCUGACCAGAAAUUGGUUUGGAUUUGCCCAUGCUGUGGCCAUAGCAACAUUGGUAAUCGAAUAUUUGACAGAGUAUGUAUUCCAUCUCAUUAUAACAGAUAUGAGCCUCUCAUGUUGGCAGAUGUUGAUGAUGACAAUGACAAUGAGAACAUGGAAAUCUUCAAAGAGACAAGACGAAAAAGGAGAGCAAAGAAGAGGUAUGUUAAAGUAAAAAAGAGCACAGUGUUUGCAGAGCAAUGCAGCAGAUGUGAAAAUGGUGUAACAGACAAUCUGUCUCAUUUCAAAGAUCAAAACUUGCUCAAUGAAGAACUUGACGGUAAUUGGGUAAAAGUGGAAUGCAAAAGAACAAAAUUGAUGGCAAGAAAAACAGAAGGAAGAACACAUUCAGAUGAAGAAAACGAACAGGACAAAAGAAAGAGAAGAUCAGUUAAUGGUGUAUUGUUAGAACCAGGUGUAACCUACAUUGGCAAAGCAUUCAAGAGAUUUUAUGGUAGUCGUGAAAGAAAAAUCAAAGAACAGAAAGAAGAGUGUAAGGUGACCCACAAAAUGGAAAAUAAAGAAAUAGAUGUCAAUGUGCAAUCCUACGUAGAAACUUUAUUGAAUAUUUAUGCUUGUAGUGUGAAAUCUCCAUGUUCCAUGAAGUUUUACAAUGAAGCCAAUGUGGUAAUUGAAACAAUGCAAAAUCAAUCUUAUGCUCAUGUAACAAGUUGUUUGUCUUCAUUGUCAAAAGCAGGUUUGACUAAGUACUUGAACCCGAAGACGUGUAUUGUUGUGGAAAAGAUGCAGGAUUUGAGACGAUACAGAGUUCAUGCAGGUGGUAGAAGAGGAAGAGGUCAAAGAAGGAACAUGAAAGAAACACAAGAGGCUUACUCAUUGAUGAUGGCUAUAGUGUAGUGCUUCAAACACCAAGUUGGCAAGUUCUGGGCUCCUGGCUGAGGGACUCUCUUCUAUUGUAAUCCAGAGAGUCAAAGAUGGUCAACCUUUGCUGAGGGAAGUGAAUCUCACUUCCCAGGUCUCCCUUCCCAGGCCACAAAAGUUUCCAUUAUGGACUGCAGCUGCAUUAGGAUUUCAUUCAAAAUUCAUCAGCGCAUCCAAGUUUGUAAAAGUGUUGGUGUAGAACUUAUCUUUCAUUGGAAAGUAAAGGGACAACAUCCCCAGCGUAACAGUGAAAAGGGGACUUAAAGAUGACCAAUCAACCUUUGUCUGAAAAGGAAGGUGAAUCUCUUAUCCCAGGCACGAAGAAGUUUUCAUCAUGGAAUCCUGCUUCAUAUUAGACCUACCUCAUGAUUCAUCAACAUCCACGAACAGGACUAUGGGAAUUAGACUUAUUACAUUCUAAGUUUUCAUCAUGGGCUCCUGCUUGAUAAGAUUUUGUUCACGAUUCAUUAAAGGACAAGUCCACCCCGGGGGGGGGGGGUCACUCAAAUUGUUUUUUGAUGGGGUGUGCCUCCCGAAACUCUGAAAUGGGGGUCUAAGGAAUUCAAUAAAAGGGUAAAAUACGGGUCUUGGAAGUUUUUUUAUUUAUUUACCUCUUGUGGGAUGGAACACCCUAUCAGCACAUGCUGUUUUUCUUAGGGGUCCAUAAUAUACCAAAUAUACCGAACGGUGUGAAAAACGGUCUACGGAAUGGGAUUGCGGCACUAUACAUUGCACAAUACAUAGCGCUGUGCAUGCGCUCGCCAUGCAUAGAGCGGUUACUAGUUAUUAUGUAGGGAGUUGCAAAGAUGUACGUGCAUCUCUCGUAAGCGGUGCUCGCGCUGGACAAUUUUGGUAGGGCUAGAGAACUGAGAUCUCUCGUAACGGGGGUCUUGCGAGCGGGGCUGGGCAGCUUCUGAACUGAACUUUUGUCAUUCGGAGUAUCUAGAGAACUGAAA